GCAGAAUGGAGACUUUCAAAGGGAGUGAAGUCCUCCCAGGCCGCCAGGAGGUGGAGACACAUGAUGUCACAGAUGUGGGUGUAUAAAACUAGUGAUUACCAACUGCAGUUUGGAAUAUUUAUGCUUCAUCGGAGCAAUGCAAAGCCCACCCAAACCUCAGUUUUCCAGUUGGCUCAUCGAGCAAGUGGAGACCGGCCAGUAUAAGGGGCUCUGCUACGUGGAGCAAAACAAAUUCAGAGUGCCGUGGAAGCACAACUCCAGGAAAGACUGUAACGAUGAGGACAGCAAGAUAUUCCGGGCGUGGGCAGUGGCGAGUGGAAAAAUCAACGAGUUUCCAAACGACAAGGCCAGAUGGAAAACUAACUUCCGCUGUGCUUUAAACAACCUCUCUCUGCGCUUCAAGAUGGUUAAAGAUAAUUCCAAGAACCAGGAAGACCCUCAUAAAAUCUAUGAGAUUAUUAACACUGACUGUAACUAUGACGAUUUGCCAAUGCAGGACAUCCAGGAGGAGACUGACUUAACUCCAGACAUCUUCAGCCAAACCAUUGAUCUCCCACCAGGAGAUGAGCAGAAUCUACUGCAGCAUUUAAUGGCUUUAGAUCUUGGCAACCAACCAGCAGACGAUCAGCUGCAGGAGAGUAAUGCUCAGCACGAUAAUCCCGUCUUCAGUAAUUGUCCUACUGUAACUGAGAACACCCCACAAUAUAUACCUGAUGAUCAGUUGCUCUACCAUCACCAGGUAAAUCCUGCUCCAGUGCUUUGUUCACCUCAGCAGCCCAGUCUGUUUGACCUGGAGAUCUCCAUCCACUAUAGAAGGAGGGAAAUGCUGAAGACGACGGUGCACGCCAACCGUCUUCAGCUCCACUAUCACAGCGAGGAGCCCCAAUUCAACGCCUAUGCUAUUUGCUUUCCUUCCACUGAGGGUCUGCUGGACCACAAACAGAUUGAUUACACAAACCGCAUACUGAACAGCAUCCAGCGUGGCCUGUUCCUGGAAAUACAGGAGACAGGGAUCUACGCCAGGAGGCAGGACAAGUGCCACGUGUUUGCUAGCACCAGCGACCCCAGCAUAGCUCAUCCUAACCCCCAGAAGCUGCCCCAAAACACUGUGGUGGAGCUCCUCAGUUUUGACAAAUAUAUUAAUGAGCUUAAACAGUUUAAGGAGAACAAUGGCCGCUCUCCUGAAUACACCAUCAACAUGUGCUUUGGAGAGAGGUUUCCAGAUGGAAAACCGCUGGAAAAGAAGCUCAUUGUUGUAAAAGUGGUGCCUUUAAUUUGUCGAUAUUUUCAUGACAUGGCCCAGAUGGAGGGGGCUUCAUCUCUCCACUGCUCCAACAUCAGCCUCCAGAUUUCACACAACAGCCUCUUUGAUCUCAUCAGCUCGGUGUUUUCUCUGCCCGGAGCCGAGGAGCCGCUCUCCACUGCUGUGCCUUUCAUAGAUCAGAUUUUUAAAACUUGAUUUCUCGUUGAUCUUUAGUGGAAGUGAUGUAAAAUACUAGCUAUUUUGAUGCACUCAGGUUAAUGGGUUAAAAUAACUGGCUACUUACAAUUAAGGUGAGAUUUAUCAUCACUUAUCUAAUUUUCCCUUUUUGUUUGCACUACUGAAACACUUGAUACUUAAACCACUACAAAAGUACAAACAGUCUUCUUAGAUGUUGAACGUUGCAAAAAGAUGCAACUCUAAAUUUACUGUCAGCUUCUUUUUAUUUCCAUUUUAUAUACAAAAAUAUUUUUUAGAUAAGCUCCAAUCUUCUUUUUUUUUACCUCUGCAACAAAUGUUUGUCUUUUAAGAGCUGAUAUAUAGCGAAUUAUACGUUAAACUAUGACUCCUAUGCAGCUCUAUCCCACAUGGCUUAUAAACUAUGUAAAUACAUUGAUGGUGCAAUUACUUGUCUAUAUGUUUUCAAACUUGUACUUAUGUUUUCAAACAGUUCAAUUAAAUAAAAAUAAAAACCUGAA